AGCGUCUUGGGUUAGAAGUGGUGAGUAGAUACGAGAGAGGACCACCACAGGCCCAACCAUGAAGAGGGAGUUCAAGUGCAAGGCGUUCUGGAGGGCCGUGCUGGCCGAACUGGUGGGCAUGACCCUCUUCAUAGUCCUCAGCAUUUCCUCCGCCAUCGGGAACACGAACAACGCCAAUCCGGACCAGGAGGUGAAGGUGUCCCUGGCUUUCGGCCUGGCCAUCGCCACCCUGGCCCAGAGCUUGGGCCACAUCAGCGGGGCCCACCUGAACCCAGCCGUCACUCUGGGGAUGCUGGCCAGCUGCCAGAUCAGCGUCUUCAAGGCGGUGAUGUACAUCGCGGCCCAGAUGCUCGGGGCCGCCGUGGCCAGCGGCAUCGUGCACGGAGUGAGGCCGAACGGCACUGAAGCGCUGGGGCUCAACGCGCUAAAUAACAUCUCUGCGAGUCAAGGCGUUGGCAUCGAGCUCCUGGCCACCUUCCAGCUGGUCCUGUGCGUCAUAGCAACCACAGAUAAAAGACGGCGCGACGUCACAGGCUCCGCCCCCCUGGCCAUCGGCCUGUCAGUGUGCCUAGGCCACCUUGCAGCGAUCAGCUACACUGGCUGCGGUAUCAACCCAGCCCGCUCAUUUGGGCCGGCCGUAAUUACCGGAAACUUUGAGAACCACUGGGUGUACUGGGUGGGUCCCAUGUGCGGGGGUGUCGCAGCCGCACUCCUGUAUGAGUUCCUACUGUACCCGAAAUUCGACGACUUCCCUGAGCGCAUAAAGGUUCUGGUCAGUGGGCCUGAAGGAGAUUAUGAUGUCAAUGGACCAGGGGACACCCCAGCGGUGGAGAUGUCAUCAAAAUGAUGAGUCGGGACCCCGACCCCACCCCUGCCCCCCUUGUACAGAAACCCGACCCGAUGCUUGCAUAUCUGCUUGUAAAGUCGUCACUCCAGUUAAAAAUAGAUUUUAAUGAAUCCAUAUUUUGAGAUAUAGACGAGUAAAGGACAGUCGAAUUACUCUGUCAGAUCCAUUACGAGUUCCAUUACGGCCUAAUUCAAAGUAACACUUUCUUUUUUAUUUUUUUUUUAUUAUAUAUUAUUUUUUUUUACCAAACUACUCAGUAGUGAAAUAAAUAUUGCAUGUUGUGAGUGCACAAUUUUUAAAAACUUGACAGGAACUUGGUCUCCUUGAUCUUUAACGUCAGUAUUAUAGUUUUUUUUUUAAACAAAAGUGCUCAUUUUUGUAUAUGUGUAUGAUUUGCAUUUUAAAUAUAUAUUUGUAUCAUGUGUGUACCCUUUCGUUCGGUUCCCCUUUUUGAUAAAUAAAACACCCAGCCUCAUGGGCCCCAUGUACUGGGACAUUUCCUCCA